AUCCAUUCGGCCAUUCCUUAACAUCCUUGUUGCAAGCGGCGCCAGCUUGCUCGCGCUCUCUCGCAGCUGCUACGCUAAAGCAAGUCUAGUCUCUAGAGGAGGAGGCGGAGGGGGAGGCCAUGGGCAAGGACGACGUGGUCCAGAGCGGCGCGGGCGGCGGGGAGUUCGCCGCCAAGGACUACACGGACCCGCCGCCGGCGCCGCUGGUGGACGCGGCGGAGCUGGGUUCGUGGUCGCUGUACCGCGCGGUGAUCGCGGAGUUCAUCGCGACGCUGCUGUUCCUGUACGUGACGGUGGCGACGGUGAUCGGGUACAAGCACCAGACGGACGCGUCUGCGUCGGGGGCCGGGGCGGACGCGGCGUGCGGCGGCGUGGGCGUGCUGGGCAUCGCGUGGGCCUUCGGCGGCAUGAUCUUCGUGCUGGUCUACUGCACCGCCGGCAUCUCGGGGGGCCACAUCAACCCGGCCGUCACCUUCGGCCUCUUCCUGGCGCGCAAGGUGUCGCUGGUGCGCGCGCUGCUGUACAUGGUGGCGCAGUGCCUCGGCGCCGUCUGCGGCGUCGGCCUCGUCAAGGCGUUCCAGAGCGCCUACUUCGACCGGUACGGCGGCGGCGCCAACUCGCUCGCGUCCGGCUACUCCCGCGGCGCGGGGCUCGGCGCCGAGAUCGUCGGCACCUUCGUGCUCGUGUACACCGUCUUCUCCGCCACCGACCCCAAGCGCAACGCCCGCGACUCCCACGUCCCGGUUCUGGCUCCCCUCCCCAUCGGCUUCGCCGUGUUCAUGGUCCACCUGGCCACCAUCCCCGUCACCGGCACCGGCAUCAACCCGGCCAGGAGCCUGGGCGCCGCCGUCGUCUACAACAAGGACAAGCCAUGGGAUGACCACUGGAUUUUCUGGGUGGGCCCGCUCCUGGGCGCUGCCAUCGCGGCCUUCUACCACCAGUACAUCCUCCGGGCGGGCGCCAUCAAGGCUCUCGGCUCCUUCAGGAGCAACGCGUGAUGAGCAGAGCUAAAGAAAGGCCUUCGCUGGACUGCGUGCUGGAGCAACGGCGAUCGAUCGAUCUAGCGUGGGGAGAGGCGGAUAGGCGGGCGCGCGAGGGAGGAGAAUAAGUUUGUGCCGGUGGCCCGGUCUCGUCGGUCGCUUUUGUUCCAGCAUGCAGCUGCGUCGCGUUCGUGUGCGUGCGUGGGGGUCUCCUUAAUUUCCCCGGCCCCUGUAAUCAUCAAUCACCAUGUGUGCGUAUAAUAUCUGCUGCCAAGGGAUCGAUUAUUC